CUGACUGCUCUUGUCUUUCUCGCUGCCGCAGCUGAGCCUUGGUCUGAUGGAUACUUUGUGCGGCUCCGGGGAGCUCGGCUCCAAGUUCUGGGACUCCAAUCUGUCGGUGUACACGCACAACCCAGACCUCACUCCGUGCUUCCAGAACUCCCUGUUGGCCUGGACCCCCUGUUUCUACCUGUGGGCCACCCUGCCCUGCUACCUGCUCUACCUUCGGCGCCACCACAGAGGCUACAUCAUCAUCUCCCACCUCUCCAGGCUCAAGACGGCCGUGGGCAUCCUGCUGUGGUGCGUCUCCUGGGCCGACCUCUUCUACUCCCUGCAUGACCUGGCCCACGGCCAGGCCCCUGCCCCCAUCUUCUUUGUCACCCCCUUGGUGGUGGGGGUCACCAUGCUGCUGGCCGCCCUGGUGAUCCAGUAUGAGCGGCUGCAGGGGGUGCAGUCCUCGGGGGUCCUCAUCAUCUUCUGGUUCCUGUGUGUCAUCUGUGCCAUCGUCCCCUUCCGCUCCAAGAUCCUUUCAGCUGUGGCAAAGGGCAAGAUCUUGGACCCCUUCCGCUUCACCACCUUCUACAUCUACUUUGCCCUGGUGCUCUCCGCCUUCAUCCUGUCCUGCUUCAGGGAGAAGCCACCAUUGUUCUCCCCAAAGAACGUUGACUCUAACCCCUGCCCAGAGGCUGACGCUGGCUUCUUCUCCCGCCUGACCUUCUGGUGGUUCACAAAGUUGGCCAUUCUCGGCUACCGGCGUCCUCUGGAAGAGAGUGACCUUUGGUCCCUGAACAAGGAGGACUGCUCCGAGGUGGUGGUGCAGAGGCUGCUGGAGGCCUGGAAGAAGCAGCAAAAGCAGGCAGCACGACACAGGGUCGCAGUGGCUUCUGGGAAGACAGUCUCCAGGGAGGACGAGGAGCUGCUGGGGGGCCGGUCCAGGCCCCGGGAGCCCUCCUUCCUGAAGGCCCUGCUGGUCACCUUCGGCCCUGGCUUCCUCAUCAGCUCAUGCUUCACGCUGGCCCAGGACCUGCUCUCCUUCGUCAGUCCCCAGCUGCUCAGCAUCCUGAUCAGAUUUAUUUCAAACCCCACAGCCCCUAACUGGUGGGGCUUCCUGGUGGCCGGGCUGAUGUUCAUGUGCUCCGUGAUGCAGACACUGUUCUUGCACCAGGCUAACCGUUACAUCUUUGUGAUGGGGUUGAGGCUUCGUACGGGGAUCAUCGGUCUCAUCUAUAGGAAGGCUCUGGUCAUCAGCAAUUCAGUCAGACGUGAGUCCACCGUGGGGGAAAUUGUCAACCUCAUGUCAGUGGAUGCCCAGCACUUCAUGGACCUCACCCCCUUCCUCAACCUGCUGUGGUCAGGGCCGCUGCAGACCCUCCUGGCCAUCUACUUCCUCUGGCAGAACCUGGGUCCCUCUGUUCUGGCAGGAGUCGCUUUCAUGGUCUUGCAAAUCCCACUCAAUGCAGUUGUGGCCACGAAGACACAUGCUUUCCAGGCAAAACAAAUGAAGUUCAAGGACUCACGCAUCAGGCUGAUGAGUGAGAUCCUGGGUGGCAUCAAGGUGCUGAAGCUGUAUGCCUGGGAGUCCAGCCUCUUGCAGCAGGUGGAGGGCAUCCGGCAGAGUGAGCUCCGGCUACUGCGCCUGUCUGCCUACCUCCUUGCCAUAUUCAUCUUCACCUGGCACUGCACCCCCUUCCUGGUGACCCUCAUCACCCUUUGGGUGUACGUGUCUGUGGACCCAAACAACGUGCUGGACGCCGAGAAGGCCUUUGUGGCUGUGUCCCUGUUCAAUAUCUUAAAGAACCCCCUCAACUCACUGCCCAGUUUAAUCAGCGGUCUGACUCGGACCAGCGUGUCUCUGAAACGGAUCCAGCAUUUCCUGAGCCAAGAUGAACUUGACUCCCAGUGUGUAGAAAGAAAGACCAUCACCCCAGGCCAUGCUGUCAUCAUAGAAAAUGGCACCUUCACCUGGGCCCAGGACCUGUCCCCAACCCUGCACAGCUUAGACUUCCAGGUGCCAAAGGGGGCACUGGUGGCCGUGGUAGGACCCGUGGGCUGUGGAAAGUCCUCCCUGGUGUCUUCCCUUCUGGGAGAGAUGGAGAAGCUGGAAGGCAAGGUGUAUAUGAAGGGCUCCGUGGCCUAUGUGCCCCAGCAGGCCUGGAUCCAGAACUGCACUCUUCAGGAAAAUGUGCUAUUUGGCCGAACCCUGGACCCCAGUCGCUACCAACAGGCUCUGGAGGCCUGUGCGCUGCUAGCUGACCUGGAGGUGCUGCCUGGGAGGGACAAGACAGAAAUUGGAGAGAAGGGCAUUAACUUGUCUGGGGGCCAGCGGCAGCGAGUCAGUCUGGCCCGAGCUGUUUACAGUGAUGCCGACAUUUUUUUGCUGGAUGACCCACUGUCGGCUGUGGACUCCCACGUGGCCAAGCAUAUCUUUGACCAAGUCAUUGGACCAGAAGGUGUGCUGGCAAGAAAGACACGGGUGCUGGUGACGCACAACCUCAGCUUCCUGCCGCAGAUGGACUUCAUCAUAGUACUAGCUGAUGGGCAGGUGUCUGAGGUGGGCACCUACUCAGCCCUCCUGCAGCGCAGCGGCUCCUUCGCCAACUUCAUCCACAACUACACACCUGAUAAGGGCAAGGAACACCCGGAGGAGGACAGCAGGACUGCAGCUUUGGACAAUCCUGAGGAUGAGGAGGUGCCGCUGACUGAAGACUUGCUCAGCAACCACGCAGACCUGAUGGACAAUGAACCAGUCACGAAUGAGGUCCAGAAACAUUUGAACAGGCAGCUGAGUGCCAUGUCCUUGGACGAGGAGGGCCAAAGUCGGUCUCUGCCCCUGAAGCCCCUUGGCUCAGCAGAAAAGAUAGUGCAGGCAGCCGAGGUGGAGGCAAAUGGGACACUGAUUGAAGAGGAGAAGGUGGAGGUGGGCAAGGUGAAGUUGAACGUGUUCUGGGAUUAUGCCAAGGCUGUGGGGCUCUCCAUCACACUGGUCAUCUGUCUGCUGUACGUGGGUCAAAGUGCAGCUACCAUCGGAGCCAGCAUAUGGCUCAGUGCCUGGACCAACGAGGCUAUGGUGGAUGGCAGACAGAACAAUACCUCCCAUAGGCUGGGUGUCUAUGCUGCCUUGGGAAUUCUGCAAGGGAUCCUGGUGGUGUCGUCGUCCAUCGUGAUGGCAGUGGGCUGCACUCGGGCCUCGCGCUUGCUUCACCAGGUGCUGCUGCACAACAAGAUGCGCUCGCCACAGUCCUUCUUUGACACGACACCCUCGGGCCGCAUCCUCAACCUCUUCUCCAAGGACAUUCAUGUCAUCGACGGGGUUCUGGGCCCCACCAUCCUCAUGCUGCUGAGUUCCUUCAGCACCUGCGUCUCCACCCUCGUGAUCAUCGUGAUCAGCACGCCGCUCUUCACUGUGGUCAUCCUGCCUCUGGCUGCCUUCUACAUCUUCGUGCAGCGCUUCUAUGUGGCCACAUCACGGCAACUGAAGCGGCUGGACUCUGUCAGCCGCUCACCCAUUUAUUCCCACUUUUCGGAGACGGUGACUGGCUCCAGUGUCAUCCGGGCCUAUGACCGCAUCCAGGACUUUGAGGCCAUCAGUGAUGCUAAGGUGGACAAUAACCUGAGGCACGCCUACCUCAGCUACUUCUCUAACAGGUGGCUGGGUGUCCGAGUGGAGUUCGUGGGGAACUGUGUCGUGUUCUUUGCUGCACUCUUCGCCGUAAUUGGGAGAAGCAGCCUGAGUCCAGGGAUGGUGGGCCUUUCUGUGUCCUAUGCUCUUCAGGUGACAUUUUCUCUGAACCUGCUGAUACGAAUGUUGUCAGAGUUGGAAUCUAACAUUGUGGCUGUGGAGAGAGUCAAGGAAUACUCCAAGACGAAGACUGAGGCCCCCUGGGUGAUAGAGGGCAGCCGUCCUCCUGCAGGCUGGCCCACCCAGGGCGAGGUGGAGUUCAGGAAUUACUCUGUGCGCUACCGGCCGGGCCUGGAUCUGGUGCUGAAGAACCUGAGUCUGCACGUGUGCGGUGGCGAGAAGGUAGGAAUCGUGGGCCGCACUGGGGCUGGCAAAUCAUCCAUGACCCUCUGCCUCUUUCGCAUCCUGGAGGCCUCAGAGGGUGAAAUCCUCAUCGAUGGCCUCAACAUAGCAGACAUAGGACUCCAUGACCUACGUUCCCAGCUGACCAUCAUCCCUCAGGAACCCAUCCUAUUCUCGGGGACCCUGCGUAAGAACCUAGACCCCUUCGGCAAUUACUCCGAGGAAGACCUAUGGCAUGCCUUGAAGCUGUCCCAUCUGCACACAUUUGUGAGCUCCCAGCCAGCAGGCCUGGACUUUGAGUGCUCCGAGGGUGGAGAGAAUCUCAGUGUGGGUCAGCGGCAGCUCGUGUGCCUGGCCCGAGCCCUCCUCCGCAAGAGCCGAAUCCUGAUUUUGGACGAGGCCACGGCCGCUGUUGACCUGGAGACUGAUGACCUCAUCCAGGCUGCCAUCCGCACCCAGUUUGAGAACUGCACGGUGCUGACCAUCGCACAUCGGCUCAACACCGUCAUGGACCACACUAGGGUCCUGGUCCUGGACAAAGGGACAGUAGCUGAAUUUGAUUCUCCAGCCAGCCUUAUUGCAGCCAGAGGCAUCUUCUACGGGAUGGCAAGAGACGCUGGGCUUGCCUGAAACAUAUUCCUGGGAUUUCCUACUGGCUGGAAUUUCCUGUUUUUCUUCAGAAAGGGAAAGGACACCAACUAUGUCUGCAGGGUGGACUUGAUAGCAAUUGCCAGGAGCAUUUGCUAGAUUUUUGCUCUUUGAAGCACUUCUCAGGAUAACCACAUUAAAUGCCUCAGACGAGGAAGUGAGGCCCAGGAGGUGCCUGACAUGCCCAAGGUCACAGAUGGUUUGAGGCAGAGCCCAGACUAGUCCUGGGUCUCCUGAUUCCGCGUCUCGUGUUGUUUUCCCACUGUGGUGCUUGCAGACAUUUCAUGGAAUGACCUCCGUAUCCCUGUGUGAUUCAUUGUAUUUUCUAAUCUGCAGGGUUUUUUGUUUUGUUUUUGUUUUUAAAUGAAGCUUUUUCCUCCUGGAACAGAAGACUGCCAGGUCAGACUGUCCCUAGGAACCGAGUCCAGUACUCUGGAGUGCUGCCCUGAAUCCACUAAAAAUGGAGCACUGGUGUAAUGAAGGUGGCUUGCGAUAUAUACUUCGAUGUAGGCUCUGUCUGCCUGGCCACAGGGGCCAGGACCAGGACCUCUGGGACAGGUGGGGAGGAGGGGAGAGAGGCGGAAAUGGACUUUCAUACACAUCCACAUGGCUGGAAUUUCUGAAGACUUCAGACCCAAGAGCUUUGGGCUGGAAACACUGUCUUCACAGCCAAAAUUCAGUGGGUUGUUGCCAGCAGUUCCUGCUCUGCUGUGCAGAUACUAUAAAAAGGUGAGAAAUAAAGCCCCUGAAACCUGACCCGAGGCCUCUUGGGAACACUGCCAUGAACACCUCCACGCUUAUGUCAUCCCUCAGACCUCUAAGCCUACUUCCCCAGGGGCUGAAAAGCGUGUGGUGCUUUAUUUCCUUGCUCCUUCAGCCGUCUGUUCCAGACAGGUCCCCAUAACCAGAGAGGCCUCCGAGUCAUUCAUCUCCCUCAGUCCGGUGAAGCUGAGCGUGGGGGGAGCACAGAGCGGCCCAGAGGCCGCCCUGCCCUGACGACCCCAGGCUGGUAAAGGAGAUGGGGGUGAAUUAAAUUUGUAUUCUCCAGCAAGCCGCUGUUUAUUUUCUACCAGCCAGUCUGCCUGAGACCUUAUCUUUGGAUUGGAUCUCUUCUCUUUGUUACCUUCCUAAGUUUUCUGGUCUCCUCUCUCAUUUCUUCAGUCUUUAUUCUUGAUGUGAUGUGACGACGAGCCACAGGGGACGGUUUUUCCUUCCCCCACUCUAAAUGGUUUGCCGUGUAGGUGGAGAUGGCUCCUCUGAUCUGGUUUGCCGUGUGCGGCGGGUCAGCCUGUGCUGCAGGACCAUUUGUUAAAGGUUAAUCACUUUUUUUUUGGGGGGGGCAGGCUCUUUUGGCUCAGGAUGUUUUAUGAGUGUAUGGAAGAAGACCUCCAUCCCUGUGAUAAAACAAGUAUGAAAGCACAGAUGCCCAAAUUAUUCUUCCUCUGCUUGGUACUAAGAAAAGGUCGCUGCUAUAUGCUCCCUGAUUUAUUAGACCAAUUUGGCAUGACACCUGCUUUGUGAGGCUCUAGCUGCCCUAACCCAACAGAAACGCAGAUUCAUUCAGCGCCAUUCUCAGCUGAGGACCCGAGGGUGGAAAGCUGUUACUUCCUCUCUGGUCUUGGGAGUUUGCUUCUGAGCUCACCGAGGACCUGACAGGUGCUGACAGCCCAAAGGAGAGGCUCAGUUGUGUGGAGUAAAUAGGAUAAUAAAACACUGUGGUUGAUAGAGGAUGACCUCCAUCUAGCUGGCCCAGCGACUCCGGGGAGAUGAAGCUGACGGCUGUGAACCGGGAGGAAAGGCACUGCACAGGUAUCUGGCUGGCGCCACUGACGGGGCCUGAGCACCACAGCCGCAGCAGGAUGGAGGUGGGGUGGUCUCUUCCAUUCUUCCUCCAGAGCGGCUUGCCCCUGGACUGUGUGACAACUUGUGCCCCCUGCGAUGGGAACGCAGUGCUCUUUGGGAGGCCGGUCACAAUGAAAAACUAUGGGCUUGGUCA